UACGGAUCAUUUUUCUGUAGCACUUGGCCUAUGCCUCAUUACGCAUGAUGGCGACACCUAUACGUUUACCGGCUCUGAAGUAUUGUGACGUGAGCUUGAAAUCCCUGGAAGUCACGUGAUUUUGUUUACACGAAGCUCGUUAGCAAAGCAGUAUUAACUUAUUGUUUGGUUAUGGAGCCACACAAUUAAUGUUUACUAAAGCUUACGAUCAUUGAUUCGUAAUUAUCGUAAUUUCAACGUAACAUAAUAAGUGACAACUGACUGCAUAGUAAACAUAGCAAUUUAUCGAGGAAUCCAUCUGUUGCAUAAAAUUACGAGUGGGAUUCUUUGAUAACAAUACACGACUUGUAGAACGACAAUCAUCGCAUUACUUUUCAGAGUUCUAUCCAUGUUUGAUAAGCAGACCAAAAGCACUUCAAACUAUGAAUUAACGUAUAAAGAGUUAAGAUCGUUGAUAUUAGCUACAUUAAAAUUGAAAGCAUGAGAAAAUAUUACCAAGCCGCACUUGCUGUGACUGCUAUAGUGAGUCUUGUCUCUCUAUUAUUUUAUAGACAUGAGUACUAUAAGUUACGAUAUGUCUUAGAAGUUUUUAAUUAUUUUGGUAAACCAAACCAAAAGAGUAUUGGAACAAACUGUACAAAUAAUGUGCCAAUAUUCACUAAAUUUAAUAUGAAAUUUGAGGAACCUCUUUCCUCGUGGCAAAGACUAGAUAAUGACUUGUAUGUUUACUCUGCAUAUAAUAUACGUGAAAAAGAAGUUCAAGUGAUAGGCUUUGGUUCACUGAAUAGCAUUCAAGACAUGCAAUGUGUGAUAUUCUUUGAAAAUGAAAUUAAACCAAUUUUAGGAAGCUUCACGUAUGUUUCAAUCGAUAGUAAUUUUAAUUUUUCAAAUGUUGAUAAAAGUUCAAAUUAUCAUGGGUAUCAUUUCUAUUGUACAUAUACCAAAAAUGCAAUACCAGUAGGAAUAACAUUUCUUACAAAAUCCAAUACAUAUCUUAAUGAUACUCCCAUAUUACCAAUUAGAAGUCAAUCAUAUAGUUCAAAUUAUACUAGUGUUGGAGUAUGUGUAUCACCACCAUUAACAAAACCAAUGCAUUUGACAGACAUGUUUGCUUUCAUAAAUUUUCAUGAUGUAAUUGGUAUGGAUAAUUUCAUAAUAUAUGACUUUGGUAUUCCAAACGACUUUAAUAGUAACUUAAAAGAUGCAUCUAAGUUUCAAAAUCCAUAUUGGAAAUUUACAUAUACAACAGUACCAUGGAAUUUCCCUUUUUCUGGAAUUCAUUCUAAUGUGAUAAAGAAUGUUAUUCAGGCAGAUUGUCUGUAUCGUACAUACAAAAAAGUUAUGUAUGUCACAACUAUAUCAUGGGAAGAGUAUUUAGUUUUAAAAUAUCAUCAUUCUCUUAUUGAUUUAGUGGCAGAUUUUAAACGAUCUAGAAUGAAAUCUAAUCAUUACAAAAUAAAUACUUUGACAUUUUGCACGCAACAAGCAGAUAAUACAGAUAUAAAAAAUUCAACAUUUACAAUCUUUAAAAAAACACGUUUUGAUCCAAGUAUUACCGAUAACAGACCUACUUAUAUAUAUAAUGCUCAUGAGAUAUUAAAAAAAGAUAAUACUCAUAUUCAAGAAAUUAGGAAAGAUUUAGUUACGUUAAAUCGUUAUAAAUAUUGUUUUGAGAAACCAGAUCCAGAUACAGGCACUCAAGAGACCUCAAUUUUGAGGUUUAAAGAGGAUAUUCAAAAUUCACCAAUGUUUGUAAAGUUUAUAAUGGACAGUAAAGUUGUACUAAGCAAACGGUAGUAAAUGAUAUUCUUUUUAA